CCGGGAAGCACUGGUCUUGCUGGGCCCGUGUGAUAAUGAAAGAUAUGGCAUCCUCAUGCCUGGAAGAUUUAUGCUUCCACAUCAAUGCAAAGAUUUCAGACAUUAAAAGGUGUAUUCAAUUGAGAGACAUAGGUGAAGAUAAAUCCUGCAAGCCUGUGCUCCAUAAAAUACAGAAUGAGGUGCACCUUGUACAUGAUCUCUUGAAUAAAAUGGAAAUUAUGGUUAAACAGCAAGAAGAACUGAAAGAUAUGCUAAAAGAGAUCCAGAAGACUGCUGAGAGAGAUCAAAAGGAAGCACAGCACCUCCUUGAACACAUUCCACCCUUCCUGCCUAAAUCAACCAAGAGCUGCAUCACGGUGCCAGCUGAGGAACACAAAACACAGAAAAAGGCUGUAGAAACUAAGUCUGCAAAGAAGCCUGCAAAAGAGACAAGAGUCAUUAAAGAAGUGGCAUUAAUAACCACAGAGGAGUUUGAACGUGUUCCUGCGUAUAUGAAAGGCCGUAUAACGUAUGAUCAGAUUAAUGCCGUUGUUCAACAGAUAAACAAGGCCGUGCAGGGCAAGUACAAGAUCUUGUGUCAGUCUUUGAAGUGUAUGAGUGCUCCAGUCAGAAAUCUCUAUCACAGGUUCAUUGAAGAAGAAACUAAGGAUACAAAAGGAGUGUUUUUUAUUGUGGAGGCUGACAUCAAGGAGUUCACGGAGCUGAAAGUGGAUAAGCGCUUCCACAGCAUCCUCAACAUCCUGAGGCACUGCCAGAGAGUGAGGGAGCUCCGAGGCUCGGGGCUCAUCCGCUACGUCAUCUGCUGACCAGCACCUUGUGCCUGCCUGUCCAGGAGAGAGAGAGAGACCUGCCACCGUGUCCUUGUCCCCAAGCAGCAGCACCGAGGGACAGGGAGUGCUUUCCAGGCAUCUGCCCUAGAUCAAGGAGUGGCGUUUUAGUAUCUGAGUUCUGUUUUGUGAAGUCCAGAAAAGGCAGCUGGGCACAGGGCAGGCAAUCACAUUUUCUGGUCAGCACAUGAAAGUAAAAUUCUCUGGAUUUAAACAUUUAACAGAGCUCUUUGGUCCUUUAGAGUUUUUGAGUGUUGGAAGUUGGGUUUUCCUCUUUUUUUAAUUUUUUUUUUUUUCAGAGAAUUUUUCUCCCAUUUAUUGCCUUGGAGAUAGGAACGAUGGAUACUUAAGAGAGACAAAUGAUGUGGCAGAGGAGAGGAAGAAUUGUGGGGUGGGGAGGAAAAGGGUGCAGUUUUCUACCAUCCUUUAGCUGGGGGGAUUUCUCUUAGGAAAUUCAGAGAUACCAUGAGCCUGGGCUGGAGAACCCAUGCCACUGCAGAGUUCUGUCCUGCACUGCUUCUCCUUACCAUGAGUAAGACCGGCCAUUGAACUGGAACCUUUCCAACACCCAGCCUCACUGGGUGGGAUUCCUCAGGAAACCCAGGACCCCGAGCCCUUGGGAGUGAGAGGGAGCAGCUCAUGGCAGCCCAGCCACUGUUCUUCACCACUGCUUCUGGCUUUUUGCUACACUUAAACCUGACCUGAUAGCCAGUGAUCCCAGUCCGGGGGCUUUCCAAAUGCCUCACCUCUCCUACCUGGCUCACCAGAAACUGAUGCC